UGCCAGCCGAUCGGUCGGUAGAAGAAAGCGCGUCGCGAGCCCGAAAAGAAAAUCGAAAACGCAUUAGACAGUGCCAGUGCAUAGACUGUUGAGAAACAAUACCAAAAUGAAAGCUUUCAUUAUCGCCGGAGUGUGUGUGUUGAGCGUGCUGAGCCUGGGAUCCGCUCAGUUCCAGAACGGACGCCUGGAGCCACCAAAUCCGCAGCUCUGUGCCCAGCGCAUCAUCCACGAGAGGACUCCCGACGGCAAGGGUUACUUCUUCUCGUGGCGCGACCCUCAGCUGAAGGGUGUGGAGGAGGACUGGCUGACGGCCAGGAACUAUUGCCGCAGGCGUUGCAUGGACUCCGUUUCGCUGGAGACCAGUCUCGAGAACGAGUGGAUCAAGCAGUAUGUUGUCCGCGAAAAUGUGAAAUACAUCUGGACCAGCGGCCGCAUUUGCGACUUCAAGGGUUGCGAUCGCCCCGACCUGCAGCCCACGAACGUAAACGGCUGGUUCUGGACCGCCACCCUGCAGAAACUUGCACCCACAACUGAGCGUUCCCAGGGCGAUUGGUCUCCCACCGGUGGAAUCGGCCUGCCCCAGCCUGAUGAUCGCGAAUACAAACAGAACGGCGCGAAGGAGAAUUGCCUCGCCCUUCUGAACCAGUUCUACAACGAUGGUGUUAACUGGCACGACGUUGCCUGCCAUCACAAGAAGAGUUUCGUCUGCGAGGAGAACGAUGCCCUUCUGAAAUACGUGCGCUACACGAACCCAAAUCUGCGCAUCUAAAUGGCUUAGGAUGAGGAUAAGAAUAAGGACGAGGACGAGAGCGGUCGGAAGAACCAGCGACUCUCCAACUAAAACCAAAAAUGAUAUUCUCUAAAACGGCAGCGGUGAACAAUGUCUACUAUCUACUCUCCGAUUGUCUUAAAAACAGUUUUCUGGCCAAAUUGUUGCAUGACAUCUGAUUCUUUUCCUGGUAAAAACCUUCCAAUUCCCUAUGCUCUGUUCUGUCUCAUCAACUAGUGUAAUUUUUAAUUUUGUAUUAAUUUAUGAUUUUCUUUAAUUAUAAUAAAACAUUCGAAACGAUUUUUAAAAGUG